ACGCGCACUCCACAGGCUGAUUGUGAACCGUGUUGGCGCCGGAGGUAGACGAACGAGGAGCGGAGCGGCGCUGAACGCGGCGUGUGUGGAGAACUGCGGAUCCAUCUCUCGCCUCAUCGGCAUUGCGCGCCGUGCGCCAGAGCGAGCACGCAGCGCGACGACGACGAGCGCCGAGAACUGGCCCGACCGACGUUUCGCCAGUGAACGAGCGCCGACGAGCCGACCGAUUCGCUGACCGAACAUAACCGUAGUUUUUAGUGUCGCGCUUCAGUUCAAUGAAAAUUAUCAUCGCGGUCUAGUUGGUUUGAUGUUGUUGCUGAAAAAUGGUGGUGUUAACCAGAAGCGGGACCGUCUGUAGAUUCUACUUAAAGACAAACCAUGACCGAUACUUCUGAAGAUGGCAAUUACCUCGUGCGUGUACGUGCGCAGGUGAUGUCGCGGGAUGACAGCUCCGGCGGUUGGGUACCGCUCGGCGGCGGCGGCCUGAGCAACGUUUCGGUGCGAAAACGACCGCGCGUCUCGUCGUUGACGCAGGGCCCCGAGUCCUCGAAGCAAAAGCACGACUAUCUCAUCCACGGAAUGCGGAUCAGCGACGAAUGCCAGGUGCUGGCGUGCACGAUCAAGAAGGACUUUGUCUACAACAAGGUGAUGCCCACCUUUCACCACUGGAAGACCGAGGACAAGAAGUUUGGCCUCACCUUUCAGACCGCCGCCGACGCGCGCGCCUUCGACAAAGGCGUACGCAGCGCUGUGGAGGAACUGCUGGACGGUUAUUCGGACGUUUGCCCACAAUCCGCCUACCAAAAUGAAAUGCUUAAAGAUGUUGGAGACGAUGACGUUUUCAUGACAUUAAAUCUACCACAAGAACCCUCGCGGAGUUCGAGCGAUUCGAGCAGCAAAGGAUCCGAAACUCUUCAUCAGCAACAACGGCAAUACAUAACCAGUACAAAGGACAGGCCAGAGUUGAGACAGCUUGUUUACGAUACGCCAACCAAGGGCACUGCGGGGAGCGAACAUGAAAACGGCGGCGAGAAAAGUGAUAAUUAUUCGUACGUGCAGCUGACGUCCGUGCACGAGUAUAUGUACCCGAUCAUGCCGGACGAACAGCAGAAGCCUAGCCCGGGUCGACGCGACUCAGCGUCCAGUCUGAAAAAGUCAGUGGAGAUGGUGAGCACGGCACAACCGCCCGCGUCGCAUUUCAAGAGUGGCAAAGAAAAGGGUGGCGUUGGUGGGCUUGGCGCGGGCGCCGGCGGCAGCACGCGCAUCAAGUAUCGCUGCCGGUACUGCCAGGAGCUGUACUUCGAGGACCAGAAUCGACGCGGCGCCUGCGAUGAGGCGCCCGAUGGUUGCAAGGCGGGCAUCGAGAAGAUCACCUGCAUCAGCUGCGCCCAGUGCGUCAGCUAUCAUUGCGCCUCGGACGCCGAGGGCGACUUCGCGCAGCAUCCGUGCGACUGUUCGGACUAUAACUGCGGCAAGCGGUGGAUAUGCCUGACUUUUUUAUCGCUCUUCGUGCCCUGCCUGUGGUUCUAUCCGCCGCUCAAGUUGUGCCAUUGGUGCGGCGUCAAGUGCGGAGUGUGCGGCGGCAAGCACCACGUGACGCAGAACUGAAUCGACGCGCGCUCCGCGUUCCAUACUAGCGUAGAAUAACAACACGAAGCGUAAUACAUUUCAACUUCACGACAUUUAGAUUCUCAUUCGCAUUCGAAUUCGAUGACGAUUUAGAGUUAACUGACACUGAGAGAGAGAGAGAGUGGAAGUGACAAAGCAGCGACGGCGUUGUAUAUUUUCGAUAAUAAAACAAAUGAAUGCUUCAAUUUAGUGUAUAUGCAUGUUCUAUUCGUACCAAAUCUACUAAAUACUUUAAAUGAAUCUAUCGUCCAACAUAAAUACCUUACGAAAAGAACCAAUUCACUCUCGUGCGUUUUGUUCGGUUCUCUCAUCCGCAUCGCAAUCUCCGGCUUGAACAAUAUUAUUGAAUGCUCACCCAUCGGUUGUGAACGCCUCUCGGUUCAUCUCCAACUUCUAUACUUAAAUACAGCCAUCGUAUGCAUAUAUGUUGAACGCGGUAUCUCUAUUACGAAUUUUAAGAUGUAAAACGACUUUAAAUCUUCGCCAAGGAUGCAAUCUAACGAAGGCGCGCGACUCGUCCGCGCCGCCAACCCAGUCGCAUCCGAAGAUAACCAAAGUAAAAUGCUAAGCAACAAAUCACUUAAUUUAUUUAAGCGCAUUGUGAUUUCUCACUUUAAUUAUUAUUUUUUACGUUUUUAUUAUUAAUAUAUUUAAAAUAAGACUGCGUACGUUCAAAAUAAAAUAUGAAGAAGAAAAUGAUGAAGCAACACACAAACACACACACACCCUAUUUAGCUCUUAAAUGUCAUAUUUACACUCUCGUCGUACAUAAAUUACUCGUAAUACAUUUGUAAUUAAACUGCGGACUGCGCGCUCGGACGCAGGCCGGCCCGACAACCAAAUACAGUUCACACUAGAGACUUGUGUGUACAUAUGCUUGUAGAAUACGAUCACACAAACAAAAUACCACACGCGCUUCGCAUGUCGCGAGCGUGUCACAUUGGAUGUGUUCUAAAUGUUCUAAACACAUUGCGCGAAACAAGCAGAGAUGAACUUUGUCGACUUGUUUUCUUAUGCGAACUGAAAAGACCAGCACCCGCGGCACACGGUCGCAGUCAUAAUCAAUUACUGCCAAUUUAUUAUUAUUAUAAAUAUAGUAAUAAACUCUCAAAGUCUGUGGACGCGCGGAGAAGAAUAAUAAACCUUAACGAAUGUGUCGCCAUAGAAUAACAAACGAUGAGACCGACCUUAAGAUGUAACAAAAUACACUCACUUCACCACAUACCAGCACCAGCUUACAGCUACGUUAUACUCGAAUCACAUAUUUGUAUUGUAUAUCAAUUCUCUACAUCGGUGGUGCCUUAUUUUCGCAACAAAAAUUGAAAUUGCCAAAUCAAAAUACCAAUUUAUGUGAAUCAGAUGUUUGUGUUUGUCAUUCGAAUCACGUUGCUGUUAAUUGUUUGUUGCAUCGUUGCGCCACACGGAUAUCAUUCUGUUUUCAAACUGACCACAAGAUUCACAACACCACGCACAUACACACGAGACGGACGUCAUUUCGAUUCUUUGAAUGAUCUUAAUCGAAUUUUCUCAUUGAUGCAUUAUGUAAGAUUUUAAGCAUAGGCGCGAAACAAAACAUAAAUUAUCUCCAGGGUUUCGAUCAACACGACAUCAAAAAUACAAUAAACGCGUGUGAUCCAGCGACCAUUUUGCGAGUGUAAAUUAUCGGGGGGCAGGACGGUGUUUUCUAAACUUGCGACAUUUGCCGACUGCCAUUUGAAGAAUACGAAUUAUAUGAGAAACAACUAUCAUCAUACGAAACAAAUACUAAAAAACACACAAAUUGUACAUAACAAGAGAUUCUAUUAUUAUACAUAUACAUAUAUUAUUAUAACAAUGCAAAUGUACAAUGCGAAAAACGAAUAGUACGAAAAAUAUGAUGACGAGACAAACACGCAGACCGAGCGUCGUCUCACUGCGAACGCGCAUAAUUAAGUUUUCGUAAAUUUUAAUAAACGGCCGAACAAAUUACAUAUAUGGAACACUGCGUUGUUUUGUGUAAUUUGUUCGAGAAAUUGUUAUGUUGCAAGUGUAAAAGGUGUCUAUGUCAUAUUUCCACGGGCUCGGGGAGUAUGUAGUCGCAUUUUGCAGAGUAAAAUGUUCGUACUCAGGCUUGGAACGAAUAAAAUUGUUCGUGUCGAAUCUGGGUCUCAUGCGGCGUUCGCACUGAGACGCGUUUCUUUGUAUUAUAGCCGCAAUCUGCUGUAUUCUAGGAAACCAAACAAAGACAACACAAUGAAGUUUUCGCGUUUUAAAAAUUAUUAUGAGAUGAGACAAAACUGAGAAAUAUAAAUAUAUAUUAUGAAACCUGAACCGAGUGGAUCUUGGCGUUCAGGAUAUAUUAUAGUAUAUAUAAAUAUAUAUUAUAUAGAAGAGAAAUGAAAAUGAGAACAUUAAUGUGUAUAUAAAUGUUAAAUUAAAUACAGAAAAUAUAAAUGCAA